GAAAACGAGGCUAACAAACAUUGUUAAGAUGGUAGAACAAACUCGUGUUUUCCGUUUGACCCUUACACUUUAGACAGUUUACAAGUGUAAGUAGAUUAAUUUUUUAUAUUCAGUCAGCGAAAAAUGGAGCUGUGUUAUAAACGUAACUAUUUUGUAAAUAAUUCAGUAUGCUAAAGUACUCGUCAUACCAUCAUUAUCAUUGUUCGUGUUGAAUAUCGCAUUUUGACUCUUGAGUCAUUGCACUGUGCAAGGUAAUCUAGUACAAGUAGUGAUAAGGGACUUCACUGUAACUUGUAAGUGUAACUUGACUGUGACAGUUGCCGUUUCUUUGUUCCCAGCUGAUUGGAGUUUGGAACGAGGGUUUCGUGUUUAUACUGCCUACUGUAUGAUAGCUGGUUCUACACACAGUUGAUGAAUUAAUACAUUUAGAAGUGGUUGGUUUUUGUUUCUUCAAGAAAUCUACCAAAGAUUCUAAUUACAGAAUGGCAUCUCCUACACUUUCUUUACCAGAAUCAACAGCUUUUAGCACCACAUCAGCCAGUGCUGACCACAGCCUGCAGGAGAGUCUUCCUACCAAAUGUCCUCUCUGUCAGGAAGUGUACACCAUCCCCAAAGUAUUACCAUGUCUUCACACGUUCUGUCAGCACUGUCUUGAAAAGAUCCAAGAAUCUCCAGAUAAGAUCAAGUGCCCACAUUGUCAAGAAGAGUGCCUAUUGACAACCCAAGGUGUGUCUGGUCUUCUCUCAGAUUAUGCCAUUAGCAAUAUUUUGGAGGUAAAUGCUAUGGAAGCAACUUCCCUUUGCUGUACUGGCUGCAGAACUAAAGAGAACAAUGCAGUUGCUCGUUGUUUUGAUUGUGCCAACUUCUUAUGCUCAAACUGCGUGAUGGCUCACCAGUUCAUGCACUGCUUUGAAGGGCAUCGGGUUCUCACAUUGGGAGAGUUGCAGAGUAGUAAAGAUGAUAGAAAGUUGGAGAAACCUAUCUUUUGUUCAUGCCACAAAUAUGAAAUCUUGGAAUUUUUUUGCCAGACUUGUAAUGUCCUGAUCUGCAAAGACUGUAUAAUAACUGAACAUCCAAAAGGCUUACACAACUUUGACCAUCUGGCAGAAACUGGACAUAAGCAGGUAGAAUUUGUAGGUUCUUUGAUUGAAGAUUCCAGACUGAAAAAGACAGACCUGCAAAAUCUUUUGAAAACUAUAGAACAUUCUUCCAAUAACUACCAAAUCCAGUAUGAAAAAGCACAGAAUGAAAUCAAAGACACCCACCAGUUUUACUGCUCAGUUCUACAAGAAAGAAAGAAAGAGAUUCUAAAAGACCUUGAUGAUGCCUUCAAUUCAAAAAUAGUUUACCUUUCACUUCUUGGUCAAAACAUCCAAGAGAACAUUGACAAAACCCAUGAAAUGUGUGACUUUGUGGAAAAAAUGAUAAAGUUUUCAAGUAAAACUGAAAUACUUAUGUUUAAGCAGUUGUUGACCUCAAAAUUUCAAAAACUUGUUGGAUUCAAUCCAGCUGUGGAAUUAAAUACACUAGAUCUUAAGUUUGUGUCUAAUUACCAAACUAUUCAAAUUGGAGUUCGAAACACAUUUGGGUAUCUUCGACAAAAUUCAGAAUUGCUUGUAGAGACCAAGCCACAAUCAAUUGCAAGGCCAAAUGGUGUAAUUGGAUCAGAACGAUCUCAUCAGAAUGGUCACAUGUUUGAUUCAAAUGGAAUUUCAAAACGGUCUGGAUCAACUAAUACUUUUGGUUCUUUUCUAACUAAUUUGGGAGAUCUAAAUUCUUAUGAGAAGUGGUCAAGUGCCCCUAGUGACAUAUUUCAAAAUGGCUCAGAAACUUUUCCCAUUUCAAGUGACACUCUUUUUGACUUAUCGUCUAAGUUGUUCAGCUCAAGUAUUUUUCCUCUAAAGUCUCAGAUAAAGCGUCAGAAGAUGAUCUAUUAUUGCAAGUUUGGAGAGUUUGGAGUAAUGGAGGGUCAGUUUACAGAACCAAGUGGUGUAGCUGUGAAUGUUCAGAGUGAUAUCAUAGUAGCUGACACCAAUAACCAUCGAAUCCAAAUCUUUGAUAAGGAAGGUCGGUUCAAGUUUCAAUUUGGAGAAUGUGGGAAACGAGAUGGACAGUUGCUGUACCCCAACAGAGUUGCUGUUGUAAAGGCUUCUGGUGAUAUAAUUGUUACUGAGAGAAGCCCAACACACCAGAUCCAGAUAUACAACCAGUAUGGACAGUUUGUCCGCAAGUUUGGAGCCAACAUCCUCCAACAUCCAAGAGGUGUGACCGUUGACAAUAAAGGUCGUAUUAUCGUGGUGGAAUGCAAGGUGAUGCGUGUUAUCAUUUUUGAUCUUUUGGGUAAUGUUCAUCACAAGUUUGGAUGUUCCAAACACCUGGAGUUCCCCAAUGGAGUGGUCGUUAAUGACAAGCAGGAAAUCUUCAUCAGCGAUAACCGAGCUCACUGUGUGAAAGUGUUCAACUAUGAAGGAAUCUUCUUGUGGCAGAUCGGAAGAGAGGGAAUAACCAACUAUCCCAUUGGUGUGUGCAUCAGUCCUCUUGGAGAAAUUCUAGUGGCUGAUAAUCACAAUAAUUUCAACAUUACCAUUUUUACACAAGAUGGGCAGUUGGUCAGUGCUCUGGAGAGUAAGGUAAAACAUGCUCAGUGUUUUGAUGUGGCUCUUGUCGAUGAUGGUUCUGUUGUUCUGGCAAGCAAGGACUAUCGACUUUAUGUUUAUCGAUUUCUCUAAUUGGGCAGAUUAAACUGUGGUAAAAAGUACGAGAAGUACACAACAUAGCCAGUUCCUGGAGGAGGCUCUAUUGAACUGUGACCCAUGUUGUGAUAAGCAGUUUUAAAGGAGAGUUUGGUUGGAUGCUACAUUCUGACAUCUGAUUUAGGUUAAUAAUAAUACUUUCUUUUGUAUAAGCUUUUUAAUAGUUUGAGUCAUGUUGUCAUUACGGAAAUGUUUCAUUUUGUUUAAAAUAUCCUUAAUGUUAUAGGUUUGAAAUGUGGAAUACCUUUCAAAGAACAGGGUUUCAGAACAACACUUAAUACAAGUUUAAUGCCUGACAUUUUCCUUCUAACUUACAGAGGAUUGUAAAAAAUUUCUCGUGCUGUUGGUUUGUUUCAGAUUCACAUUAGCCCUAGUCAUUACUUGGUUCAGGAAGGCUGUAUAUUCUCAUGAGAAAUCCAGAAGUUACUAAUAUAAUUUUUAACAUUCAACAGUUUUUUUUAUCCUAUUUAUUGCAAACUAAUGUUUAUGAUCUUAAUAUAGAGAAUAAAAAAAAAAAACCCAUAGUACAUCUAUUCAUGCAUAUGCCAAAGAACCUGUGAUCUCGGAGUGGGACCACUAGUUGAAAUUGUUCUUAACUUUGAUAUUAAUUUACUUUGUUGUGUAAUUCUUUUAACUGCAGCUAGUUCAGUGUAAAAUAUAUUUCUGAUGAUGGGAUCAUGUUUUCUUUUUUCAAGUUUGUGGAGAUCCUGAACUUUUGAGUAUUAAUGUUUUGUUGUACUUUUGUGCCAACACUGUUGAUUUUAAAUGUUUAAGCAGUUGUAUUGUUCUUAUUUAUUCUUGAUUUAUUGCUACAUUGUUGAAACAUAAAAGAAAUGCAGUUACAGUAGUUUCUGUUAGGAGGCUGUAAAGUCUGGGGCUGGAGAUUUUACUAGUCACACCAUACAUGGAUAUCGAACUCAAGUCUGGUUUGAAGAGAAGUUAACUAUUGCUGCUAAUUUUACAAAUAAUUCACUAUCUGGUGUGAUUAUUUAUAUAUUUAACUGAAUGUGAAGUCCUACAUGUUUUAAUAUUUUCUAGGGAGAAAGGAAACUUUAUUUUUAUAGUGUUUGAUUCUUCGUGAAGAACUGUGCUAUUCUCUAAUUACACUGUCUAAGUAGGCCUAGUGAUUAAAACGUUGAUAUGAAAGUGGAUGUAUAUGUUUGACCACACAUCUUUUAAAACAAUAACAAGUUAAGUAUUUAGUAUGUCUUCAUAACAUGGCCAGUCUAUUUGAAGUUUUAAAAACUAAGUAUUUGUGGUUAUUACAUUUCAUGUGAUUUAAAGAACUUGGACUGGAACUGUUGAUAACUCGUAGUUCAGUGUUUUUUGUUUUUUUUAGUCUCUUUCCACAUAGUUUGAAUAAAAAAACCACCAACAACAAAACGGACUUAUUACUUCAUAAUACAUUUUGUAAAUUUUGGUUUUCAUUAAUUUUUAUUUUUAUGGCAAUAAUUUAUUUAGUAGUUAACUGUUUUUAAAGGUAAGUUUUUUCUCCAGUAGAAAUAUAUGUGUAUUUUCUUUAUUGUGUUAGAAGAUUUAAUAACAUUGGUUAAAAUAAAUCGGUGUUUGGAUCGUGUUGGUGAAUAAACAAAGUCCAUACUUUGUUCUGUUUCAUAUAUAGUUUUACUCUUGUAGAACUGGUGAAUGUUCUAUAAACAUUGUAUUCCUUGCUUAGGUGAUAGCUGUUUAACUGAUCUCAUCAAAAUACUUAAUUAUCAUAUCACUUUUAUAUUCCUCAUUGCUCUGUUGGUAAUGUCAAGGUGUUGAUGUUAAUUAAAACCAAUUUUAUAGUAAUAAUAUUAGCUGUAGUAAUAAUGAUAAUCGUAGAUGGAUGAGAAAUCAUGAUAAUUCUCUUGAUACGCUGAUUUGAAGUGUAGUAUUGGUAUAGUACCCACUUCAAGUUCCCCUCUUAUAUCAAAAGGGAAACUUGUUUCUAUAGUGGAGUUGUCUGUAUUGAAAUGUAUUUCUAAUUUAUUAUCAUAUAAUUCUCAGUAGCAUGUGAAGGCAUCUAGUGGUGUAUUUUACUAAGAAGCACAUUAAUUCUUUAAAGUGUGCUUUGUCAUUAGCAAAGAAGGAACUCGGAAUUGCUGGUAGUAAUACUGCAGAGCUCAAUCCAAGCAUUCAAUACGAUGAACAAACAGAUGUGUUAUUUAUUUCAUAUACUUGUUACAGAUGUUGUUUAGUUUUGUGGACUUUCUUGUUGAAAGGAUUGAAUAAAUAGUCACAUGGAAAGUGAAUUUUCUAUGAAUACCUAUAUUUUCACAUUGUUCAGGGCAAUUUUACUUGUAUUUGUAACAGUUUUAUGUGUUAAAGAACAAUAACACAUUGUUAUUCCUAUUGCAUGUAAAAGUUAAGCUUUGUAAUAAAAUAAUUUAUUUUACAUUACAUUUGUACUGAAGUCAGACAAGAACAUUUACAUAGUUAGAAGGAUUGUUUUAAUGGUUUUGUUUGUAAGUGUUGUUUUUUUUAUUAUUUUUAAGUCAAAUUAUAUGAGUUGUUCUAGCUUAUAAGAAAAAAAACAACAAAAAAACUUGAGUUUAUAGUCGCUUUGUAUUAUGAAGUGUAUGACUUUCUUAUUAUUUAAUACAUCUUCCCUUAUGCACUUCCACUAUGCAAUUCUCCUCCAAGGCUCUGAAAGGAAACCAACAAGAUUUGAACCUCAUAUUAAUGUACAAGUAUUUUUAUAAUGAUUGUUUUGGAUAACAUUGUUAAAAAGUAGUUGAAUUUUAUAUCAUUUGUUCUUGUAUUGUUUGAGUUUCAGUUAAUCCCAACUUGUAUUUCCUUUUCUAAGUUUUAUUAGUUUAAGAUAAAGAACGUGACAUAAUUCUUCUAAGCUCUUUUACAAAUAUUUAAAUUCUAAAAUUGAAUUUUAAUUUUUUUUGUUUAACUUUGGUUUUUUUCGUGCAUUGUUGGUGUUCCUUGAAAUAGAACUCUAGUAGGCAUGCAUGUGUUUGUAGUUGGCCCUGUAUUGGGAAUUAAAGCUUCAGUUGGUGUGUGUGUAGUUGGCCCUGUAUUGGGAAUUAAAGCUUCAGUUGGUGUGUGUGUUUGUAGUUGGCCCUGUAUUGGGAAUUAAAGCUUCAGUUGGUGUGUGUGUGUGUGUAGUUGGCCCUGUGCUGAGAAUUCAAGCUUCAGAUUGUGUGUAGUUGGCCCUGUAUUGGGAAUUAAAGCUUCAGUUGGUGUGUGUAGUUGGCCCUGUAUUGGGAAUUAAAGCUUCAGAUUAUGUGUAGUUGGCCCUGUGUUUGGAAUUAAAGCUUCAGUUGGUGUGUGUAUGUGUAGUUGGCCCUGUGCUGAGAAUUCAAGCUUCAGAUUGUGUGUAAUUGGCCCUGUAUUGGGAAUUAAAGCUUCAAUUGGUGUGUGUGUGUGUGUGUAGUUGGCCCUGUAUUGGGAAUUAAAGCUUCAGUUUGUGU